AUGCUCAACCUAUCUAAGAAGAAGAUAGUGGAGUCCCCUACAUGCCCCAUAUGCUGCAGGGAAGAGGAGUCUACCAUCCAUGCUCUAUGGAACUGCAGUUCUGCAAUGGAUGUGUGGUGUCAGGGCCCUAUAUCCUUUCAGAAGAGCUCUCUGAAGGAAGUCAAUUUCAAGGACCUCUAUGAACAUAUCUCUGAGCAGUGUGAUCAGAAGCUUAUUGAAAUGUUCUCAGUCAUUGCAAGGAGCAUAUGGUUAAGAAGAAACAAGCUACUCUUUGAGGGGUCCUUUUUGCACCCAAACCUGGUCUUGAAACAAGCAUCUCAAUCCUUACAGGAAUUCAAGACAGUUCAGAUUGGAAAGGUGCAUGCGACUCAAGUGGCCUCUAUACAUCCAUCCGUGUGGAUCCCUCCUCCAACAAAUUGUGUCAAAAUCAACUGGGAUGCAGCUGUGAGCGUGCCUCAAGAUAGAGUUGGUAUAGGUCUGGUAGCCAGAGACCAUGAGGGGUCCAUUCUGGUCACAAAGAAACUCUUACUAUCCAGCUUGACAGAACCUGCUUUGGCUGAAGCCUUAGGAGCUUUCCAUGCGGCUAACUUGGCAAAGGACAUGGAGUUUAGAUUGGUUAUCUUGGAAGGAGAUGCUUUACAGAUCGUGAAUGGAAUCAACCACCAUGCUGAAAGAUGGGAUAGAGUGGGUAUGGUUUUAUUAGACACAAGGGUGCUGCUGUCUAGUCUAGCUCAGUGGAAAGUAUCUUUUGUCAGAAGGGGUGGUAACCAGGUUGCUCAUGAUCUAGCUAAGGAGUCCUUAGAACUAGCUGAGAACUCGGUUGUUUUGGUCACUAGACCUCCUUGUAAUCAUGUUUCUUCUCUCCCUUAA